AUGGACGAAGUCGUGGAGUCUGUUGAAAUUGAUUUUAAACCUUGGUCUCUGGCCUUGACCAGCACGAGAGAACUGUUGAUCACGUGCCAGGAUUCUUCACCAGUGAUACGCAGACUUUCCGAGGACAGACGUGUGUCCAGUUUUGCUGAUAUCAGUCCAUAUAAAGCCUGGAAUAUCGCAGUCAGUGAAAAUGGAGAAGUGCUCGUUGGUAUUAACAAACUUGCCUUCCAACUGGUUCUAAUACAUUGUAUGUCUGGAGACAUUAUCCGACACUUGUCGUUAGAGGUAGGCACCGGAUGUCGCAUUGCUUGUCUGGCAGAGAACAGUAUGGCAUUCACAACUGGUAGCCAUUUCAUCUGUAGAUCAUUGCUUUUCGUGAACAAAUCAAAUCAGGUCACAAAUGUCUGGAAUGGUGAAUUAGAAAAUGGUCAGAAGUUAUCAGAAGCGAGCAACGCUAGUAUAUCACGUGAUAAGCACGGCAGAAUAUUUGUACCAGACUAUUGUACGAACCAGAUAUAUGUUCUUACAGGGAGAGAUAAAAUCGCCAAGCCUCUCCUGGACAACAGUCAUGAAGUCACACAUCCAAUAUCUGUAUGUGCCAGCGAAUGUGGACAUAUUUGGAUUGGCUGCAUUGAUGGUACGAUACAUGUGAUUCAAAUAUAA